AUGGACGAUCGGGCGCGUUCAUACGCUGGACGAAAAUGUACUGGACUCGACGCUGAUGCCGUCGAGUUUAAGCUAAUCCGCAAUUUACCCCCAACAAUCGAUGAAACGGUGCUCACAUCUCUCAAUUGCAUCGCAAAUCUACUCAUAUCCAACCGUCCUCCGAACGGUUAUGAUAUACUUUUCGAAGCCGCAUUAAGAUUAGGUGUGUUCGAAUCCAUAUUCCGGUGGAAUUUCGUAUUUUGCGGGGCUGACUUGGAGGCGUUCAAAGCGAAAGAACUGCAAUUCUAUGAUACCCUUAUCACUGGAGAAGGAAAGCAAUAUUUACGCUAUCCAGAAUUCGCGAUUCCCCUGUUGGCCACGCUUCAUCACUGUGCCAUUCGAUCAAGUUUACCGGUAGAAAGGGUAUUAGUUCGUACACUGAAUUCAGUGUGUGCCGCGAUGUGCGCACAGUUCAGUGAGUCGGAUUUCUCGUACACCACCAGUCAAGUAUGCAACGGUACAAAGGAAUCUGGAAUCGAACUGACCGAGGAUUUGUCCUUUUUUCGUCGAUUAAGUAUGGGCUUGGUGACUGACUUUCGUCAUCAUAUGGGCUUCAAACUGAACCGAAUGAACGAGGAUGCAUCUCAAAGUUUACGCGAUUUCAACGGGUUUAAUCCGGACAGUGGAUCAUUCAUUAAAAUGGCAGACACUGUUGAUUGGCCCUUAUCCAUCGAACCAGAUCCAUCCGGGUCAACAGAUGCAGCAAUUACAUCCUUGGAACGGUCAUUAAGUUUCACAUCACAAGACAGUUCGUGUAAUAUCGAUUCUAUCUUUGAUUUGCUGAUCCCAUUUGUUUUUCGGGAGGGUGAUUUGGGCUGGCAAGCUCGAGAUGCAUUUUUACUGGUGGCAACUUAUUCGAAUAAAGACGAAGACUUCAGUUACAACUUGGCACAACACAGUUCCGUUUGUCCGGUCAUUGCUACUGGACUGGCCACUUUGUAUGCGGAAUUACCACGUGAACUAAUUUCAAACAACUAUCCUCAAUCGUGGCCGGAAUUGGUUCAAACAAUGGAAGAACGGGAGCAGAAUUGCAGUCAGUUUAUUGAGUUUUUCAGUGCGCUGGAGUUUUGUGAAUCGGUUCUGGAGGUUGCACAUCCACUGAUUCAGUCCAGUCUCUUGCAGUUCAUUCAUUCCGGAUUCUUUGUUUCCGUGCUCGGAUUCUCCUUGACUAAGCCCAAUGUCCUCGAGGUAAUCACGGCAACCGUACUGCUGAAGGAGAUCCUGGUACGUACGACUAAUUCGGCCAUACUACCAGCCUUGUUGCGAUUCCUAUUGACUGCUAUGCCUGAGGAGAAACACUCCAAGGAAAUCAAAGGUCUGACGCAGGAUUCGGAGAACAAAUCGGAGUCCGAUGUGGAUCGAACUUCCACGCUGUCUGCUCCGACUCCAAGACAAUCAGAGGGGAUCGACCACGAAGAAGAGUCUUGUAUUCCUGCCUACCGUUCGACAUCUACCUAUAUGGAUUUACUGAUCUCUCGGCUUCACUACUGUAACACUUUGACUGUCGAUCCUAUCGCGGGGCUGAAUGCGGAAACAAAAGCGGAUAUGGAUGACGUUAUAGUUCGCUUGAAAUUUGGACUCCAUCUAAAAACUCUCAAGAACACCGUCUCUUCAAAACGCUUAAAUGUGCUUCCACUGAAGAACAGCGAGAAAUACCAGAAACUGAUGGGAAUGAUACCUGCACAGCUGUCAAACGAUCCCCUCGGUACGCAUGGAAACACCGGAAGUUCGGUUGAAACUCAGUGGACCAGGAUGAAGUCGUCGGUACAACAAGCCGCUCUACACGCACGAGGCACUGGAUCACGUCGUCUGAAGGAUUGGAUAUCCAACCACAUCAUCCAGUUAGCUAAAGCAGCUAGAGAGGCACGCCUGGCUCAAUCCUCUGCUUAUCGCGAUCUCAGACGACAAGCAACACAAUCGGCCAGAAACGAUGGAUGCAACUACUGA